AUGAUCCCCAAAAGCCUCAGGGAGCUUAUCCGGGUGUCAAGAAAGACAGCCAGAGAGUUCAAACAGGCGCUGGAGGAUGUUGCUGAGCUUAUCAGGGAGAAACAGCUCGAGCAGUCUCUGCAGAGAGAGCCUGUUCGGGUGCCUGUGAGAAACCAAGCUCGGCAGCAUCCUCUGGCCGGCCGUGUGUACAGAAGACAGUUUUCGACGAGCCGGGACGUGAGUGCCACGUUCCGCAACAUGAACAAGAACGUUCUGCUCAACUUUGUUCGGGCAGGCAACAGCACGGGCGCCGCUGCGUCCCGCAACAUGACGCCCUCGCUCACAAACACGCUGAAGGCGGCGGUGUAUCAGACACAGCCCUUCAGAGCUGCGACGAGAGUGCAGAUGGGCCUUGUGCGGGGCGGCAUCGGCAGUGGGAUGUACAGACACUUCCCUCGACACAACGCGAGGAUGUUCUCCACGUUCGGGCCCAACAUGACCCGGCAGGCGGUGGAGAACCUGUCGCAGGGCGUGCGCAUGUUCUUCGUGAAGGGCGGGAAGACGUCGCACGACUGCUUGACCCACGCGUACAUGAACGACGUCGACAUCGGCCACCUGCGUGCCGACGAGGCGUUUGCGGCCAACGACAUCGACCUCGCCAGCACCGUCAGCGAGACUGCCGGCUUGAAGGAGUGUGGCUGCAUCGUCGAGUUCGAUAUGGCCACUCCUUCCAUCGUCUCUCUCGUUCCGGAGUCGGGCUACUUCGACGACGACCUGUCUUGCAAGAUGGAGACUGUCUACGAAACGUCCAUUAAGGUGCAGCAGAAGGUCCUCACCGACAUCAAGCUCUUCCGCGAGAACAUUGGCUCGACAAGCUACAAGUUCGACAAGCAGCGGGAGAAAUUGCGAUUCUACUGUCCGAACUGCGACGUCACGAAAAUGGAAAGACUUCUGCUGGAGUCGUGCAUCACGAUGGGUGUGGUGAAGAGAAACGAGAGCAUCGGCUCACCAGUUCUCGGCGAGCUGUCUGAUUCCGAAGGGUCCGAGUUCUCCGGCCCGGAACUGGAAAUGGACUCGGACUCGGUCCUUUCUUCCACCCUGUCGUCCGGUAGUUCCGACCGCUACAACCGGUAUUCAUACCUCAACGGCGUGGAGGAAUUCAGCGACGGCUCCAUCCUCUCCACGUCCGACGAAUUCUUCGAAGUCUCGUCCACUGCUAUCCGAGUGUAG